UUUCUCCCCAUCUUUCCCUGUCUGGUCCUGCCCCGCCCCGCCCCGCCCCGCGGCGCAUUGUGGGAUUGGGCCUGGGAGCCUUAGGGAGCGGACUCCGCACUUGACCAUGGGGAUCCAGCCGAGCACUGCCCUGCUGGCCUCCUUGGGGGUGGGACUCCUGUCCCUGCUAGGUUUGGCCCUAGGCUCCUACCUGGUUCGUAGGUCUCGAAGGGCACCCGUCACUCUUCUGGACCCCAAUGAGAAGUACUUGCUGAGGCUGCUGGAUAAGACGACUGUCAGCCACAACACCAAGAAAUUUCGUUUUGCCCUGCCUUCUGCCCAUCACAUCCUGGGACUACCCAUAGGAAAGCAUGUCUACCUCUCUGCCCGAAUUGAUGGCAACUUGGUUGUCCGACCUUACACACCUGUCACCAGUGAUGACAACAAGGGCUAUGUGGAUCUGGUCAUCAAGGUCUACUUGAAAGGAGUACACCCCAAAUUCCCUGAGGGUGGGAAGAUGUCUCAGUACCUUGACAGUCUAAAGAUUGGAGAUAUGGUGGAGUUUCGGGGGCCAAGUGGAAUGCUCACUUAUAAUGGGAAAGGGAAGUUUGACAUUCAUCCCAGCAAGAAAUCUCCAGCAGAACCCCGAGUGGCAAAGAAGGUGGGAAUGAUUGCCGGAGGGACAGGGAUCACCCCGAUGUUGCAGCUCAUCCGGGCCAUCCUAAAGGACCCUGAAGAUCCAACCCAGUGCUUUCUACUGUUUGCUAACCAGACUGAGAAGGACAUAAUUCUCCGAGAUGAUCUGGAGGAACUGCAGGCCCGAUAUCCAAGACGAUUUAAACUCUGGUUCACCUUGGAUCAACCUCCUACAGAUUGGGCCUAUGGCAGGGGCUUUGUGACUGCUGACAUGAUCCGGGAGCACCUGCCUGCCCCAGGGGAUGAUGUGUUGAUGCUGCUGUGUGGGCCGCCUCCCAUGGUGCAGCUGGCCUGCCACCCCAACUUGGAUAAGCUGGGGUAUCCACAGAAGAUGCGUUUUACCUACUGAGGCUUUUACCCUUCCCUAUCUUUACUCAGCCUAAUGACUUUAAUCUAUCCCCCUAUCAAGUGCUCACACUUUUGAGCCCCCUGUUACUGACCUCAUUACUGUUCUAUCUUGUUCAACCUUGGCUAAGCCUUGGUUCCAGGCAUUUUAUCCAGAAUCACCCCGCUCGGUCCAGACAGACUCAGACCCCACCCCCCAAUUUCUGGACUGAAAGCCUCAAUGAAAAGGGUCAUAAAAUCCAUGCCUAAGGAUCUGAAUUUGGGAAAGAGGGUUGGAGGAUUUCCACCCUCACCUUCCCUGGCUGGCAAUGAAAAGAACAGUUGAGGGGGAAGGGGGCACUAUGCCAAACUGAAGAUGCUUAGUUGUUGCUGCUGAAAUAUGGGGGUAGAUUGUUAUGGAUGUAGUUGGGGUUGAGGGAGCAUAAAAAUGGGAAGGUCCUGCUGGGGCCAGAGGGAAUGGUGUUCUCUCCAGACUCCUAGCCAUCACAGUAAAGAAUAUGAGAAGUUUGUGCCUGUAUUCUGUGUUAAGCCUCCUAGUUCCCUCUCAUGUCUGCUGGAAGACAUUGCCUCCCUAGGAUCUUCUCAGAUAUUGUCUCUGUGUCAGGAGCCUCUGGCUGGAAAUAAAUUGGGCCAAGGCCCCCAUGUGGCUUUCA